AGGAGAUAGAGAGGCCGGCUUUGGGGUUGCCAGGGAGCGGCGGGCAGGAGACUUCCGUUUCCGGUCCCUUCGGCACGCGGAUCCAGUGAUCCGACCCUGCGGGAAGAUGCGGCCUUUGACUGAAGAGGAGACCCGGGUGAUGUUUGAGAAGAUCGCGAAAUACAUCGGGGAGAAUCUGCAGCUGCUGGUGGACAGGCCCGAUGGUACCUACUGCUUCAGGCUGCACAACGACCGUGUGUAUUACGUGAGCGAGAAGAUCCUGAAGCUGGCCACCAAUAUCUCCGGGGACAAGCUGGUGUCGCUGGGGACCUGCUUCGGAAAAUUCACGAAGACCCACAAGUUCCGCCUGCACAUUACGGCCCUGGAUUUCCUUGCGCCCUAUGCCAAGUACAAAGUGUGGAUAAAGCCUGGAGCAGAGCAGUCCUUCCUGUAUGGAAACCACGUGUUGAAAUCUGGUUUGGGUCGAAUCACUGAAAACACUUCGCAGUACCAGGGAGUGGUGGUGUACUCCAUGGCAGAUGUCCCUUUGGGUUUUGGGGUAGCCGCCAAGUCUACACAAGACUGCAGGAAAGUAGACCCCAUGGCAAUUGUGGUAUUUCAUCAAGCAGACAUUGGGGAGUAUGUACGCCAUGAAGAGACCUUGACUUAAAGUGAAGUCAUCCCAAGGACUGAGGCUCUAUGGAAGGACCUCGCUUUGUUUCCAGUGUCUGUGCGGAUGUCUCCAUCCUGUUGGGUUUUAUCAACACUUCUGUGGAGACUUCUUACUUUCCUAUUCUAUCACCGACAAAUGCGAGCUGGAUUCUUACUAUGCAGUGAAAGGGAUGAAAAGUGGAGAAUCAAAUUUAAAACAAGCCUGAGCUUGUCUCAAAAAUCCAAAAGGAAAAAAAGUGGGGUUUCAGAUGAAAUAGAAUAUUCUUAUUCUGUACUUGAAUCAAGGCUUCUUGUUCUGAGCAAUAAGUUCUAAACUGUUGAAACAGGACAAGAGGAGUUAACUGUUAUCUGUGAUAGCACUGUUCAUUUUCUUUAUUAAUAUCAUGCAAGAGAAAACAUUGCCAUAUAAAAAUAGGACACCUUCCAAAUGAAAUUCAGCUAAAAUGCUGUGUCACUCAGUAUUCCUAUACAGUUAGUGCUGUACAGAAAGUAUGGAAGAAAAGCUUGGAUUGAAACCUUCAUUGGCCUUGAACCAGUCACUCACCUUUAAGAACUUUUUCUUUCUCUGUUUACAAAACUUGCAACUUGAGCCAGGUGCCAGUGGCUCACUCCUGUA